UAGCGUGGUACGUGCGAUCGCAUUCGAAUGAACCAGUUGUCGCGCAAUUGUCUAAAUUAACUGAUCGGUCAUAGUUUAUCCGUGGAUUUUUGAGAUGAAAAGUGCCGUUUGAAUGCUAGCCGACUUAUGGUGACAGCUUGUCGACAUGGAGGUAGCGCAGAAGCUGCAUUUUGAGGCAUGCGAUAUCGAGGACGAGGAACUCAACAUCAGCUGUCGUAUCAACAGCUCGGGAUGCGACAUCGAUGAUGUUUUGGACUCAUCGGCCGAAGAUUUCAGGUGUUCGCCUUUACCCCAGCCCCGGAAGCUUUCCUUCGGCAGCUCGAUGGACUGCAGCGAUAGCGAGACCAACCAACCUGUAUCCAUAAACAACAACAGAACUCCUGUACUCUUGGUGACAGGCACUACUGGGAUGAAGAUUCCUCAUCGAGAAGGCAUUUCGUCAUCUAGGAUAUCAAUGGCGAGCAGUCCCCCUUACAAACGCGUUCGUGCUCUCCGUCUUUUUGAUUCACCAACUACUCCAAAAACAUUAAUGGAGAAGAGCGUGAUGCACACUCCCAUACCUUCCAAGUGCACCAGACUUUUUCCCAUGGACAAGCCAAGGGCUACACCAUCAUGUUUUCAAAGUAAAUCCGAUAAACCCGCAGCCAAUGUAAAUCCAUUCACUCCAAGUGGGAUGCUACUUACUGCUAGGAAAAGGACUCGAUCCAAACGCAGUCUAAAUGGGUCUCCCGACAUCAGGAUUCCGAAGUUCGACCUGCCCGACUCGGAGGACUCGGACAACGAGGUGGAGCAGCCAACUAAGCGGGUGGCCUUGCAGGAGUCUAACAUCCCGCGAUACCACCAGGAGUUCCACGAGCUCGGGCUGAUCGGCACCGGGGAAUUCGGCUCCGUGUACAAAUGCAUCAACCGACUGGACGGGUGCGUAUACGCGAUCAAGAAGAGCAUCAAGCCGGUCGCUGGGAGCGUAAACGAGAAGAACGCCCUGAUCGAGGUGUACGCCCACGCGGUCCUCGGCAAGCACCAACACGUGGUGCGCUACUACUCGGCCUGGGCCGAGGACAACCACAUGAUCAUCCAGAACGAGUACUGCAACGGCGGCAGCCUCGCUGACGCUAUUACCAACAUGCGCGCCGAGAAGCGACACUUCUCCGAGGCGGAGGUGCGGCAGCUCCUCCUCCACGUGGCCGAGGGCCUCAGGUACAUCCACAGCAUGCAGCUCGUCCACAUGGACAUCAAGCCCGGGAACAUCUUCAUCUCUAAGGAGAAGAGGCUACAGUUGGUCAACUACGACUCGGCGGACGACGGCUUCGACGAGGAGGAGACCGUCGAGGAGGAGAUCACCUACAAGAUCGGCGAUCUCGGACACGUGACGUCGAUAAGCAAUCCGCAGGUCGAGGAGGGCGACUGCAGGUACCUGCCCACCGAGAUCCUCCACGAGGACUUCGCUCACCUCUCCAAGGCGGACAUCUUUGCCCUGGGCCUGACGGUGUACGAGGCAGGGGGCGGUGGACCUCUGCCCAAAAACGGACCCGAAUGGCAUGACAUCAGAAAUGGGAACCUGAAGGAGUUGCCUAGAUAUAGUCGCGAUUUCAACGAUCUACUCAAGUUGAUGAUCCAUCCUAAUCCCGAGAUGAGGCCAUCGGCUAUCAGUCUUAUCCAGCAUAGGGUUUUGUGUCCCUUUGGGAACAAGACGAAGGCUCAGCUUAAAAGGGAGCUCAAUGCCGAGAAGCUGAAGAACGAGAUCCUCUCUAAGCAGCUUCAGGAAGCAGCUAAGUGUCUGAAAACAAUCGCUCCCGACGUGGCCGCGAUGAACGGCUCGAUGAACUCCGGAGGAUACAAACUGAGGCCCACGCCGACCAGGACCUCGUCUCGAGUGUUAGGGAAAAAAGUCAAUCGUAGUAAUAGCACUACAAAUUUUUAAUCCCUCGGCUCACCCGAGGGGGCGAGAGGAAAGCGCUUUUGGGAGCGGUACCUACGGUGCCUUCAUAUUGUGAUAUCCGAUUAAUCUAGUUUUAAGUAAAAACAAAAAAAAAAGAAAUGUCGCCGGAGCUUGGUAGAAACAAAGGAACAAAUUAGGAGAGAGUACUCACGGUAUGCAGGGUUAAAUUGCACGCGUACCGUAACAGCUAUAACCUCGUAUAUGAGAAACGACUGUACGGGAAUCUCGUUGCACAGACCCUCGACAUAUUUCUUCUUCUUGACGUACGAAAGUAAUUAUUGACUGUAGGUCGCUCCAACGGAAGUGCCAAGGUCUUAAUCGUUGGAGCGAGAUCUCGUGGACUUCCGGGAGAGGAGAGAACGCCGUGGACCCUGGGGACUCGACGUAGGGGUGGUUUGAUUACCCUCCAAUCAACAGUUUUACCAUGCAUGUGUUGAUGGAAGGUACUCCAACUGCUACGUCGUUUUCGAGACGACUUUACACCGUGGUCUUGGACCCGGGUAUUCAUUUGAAAUUCCAGCUGGUUUUAUUUGUACAUUUGCAUCGGCAGAGCGCUCGCAAUUUUCUUUCUUUAUUUUUUUUUUUCCCCACGCAGAUACUAUUAUACGUGCCCGCGUUUGACUGGGAUAUUCCCCCUCAUUAAUCAACAUGUCUCUACGGUGUCGAUGAAUUGUGAAAUUUCUUUUAACGAUUCAUCUUAACCACCAAGAUGAUUCAAAAGUCUUUUCUUAGAUAAGUCCAGAGGACUUAUGGGGAAUUAUUAGGACGAUUCCCGAGACUUUCAGUAAUUAAUGAACGUGCGAUAACGGUCACGCGUGGUUGUCGAUUGAUCUUUAGUACGCGUCAAUUAAUAUCCGCUGAUGAAUAUUCUCGUAAAUAUUAUUUCAAGUGAGUACUCAGGUCCUACGGAGUUGCAUGCUAUAUGUCAUAAAACACCAUGAGGAGAUAUUUCACCGCACUUUGUGACCUAAUGAGAAUGAGUUCCUUUCAAAGCAUGAUCGCCAUUUCUUUCUCUUUUAUUUCCGCAGUGGCUUGGGUAAUCGAAUACAAUCAUGGGGAAGGAGCCAAACCGUUUAUUGAGUAACCGACAUUUAUCCUCCGUCAUGUCAAACACAUCAAUCCGCGAAUUUUUCGCCAAUCCGAGAAUUCCAAGCUCAUCGUAGCCAGGUGUUAAUAGCAGAACUGCAUUUCCACGCGUUAUCGGCCUUCCGUGUAUAUCUCAAUAGCUUUAACGGCAUUGACUGAGAUGUGCGCAUGUUUUUAAUCCCACCCGCGAGUCUUGCGCGUUAUCAAGUAUAUAUUAGUGGCUGUGGUACAAUUUCACUCUGCAUACGGUUUAAACGAUUAAACUCGUCACUCUCCAAACUCAGACGUGUGAUCCGAACGCGGUACUUCCAGGGAAGAGACAUUUUUAAGAAUAAAUUAUUUUUAUAACAUUU